AUGGAUGAGAUCGCAAAGGAAUACGAUGUUAUCGUGCUGGGCACUGGCCUGACUGAGUGUAUUCUCUCUGGUGUCCUCAGUGUGAAGGGGAAGAAGGUCCUCCACAUUGACCGCAAUGACCACUACGGCGGCGAGGCAGCUUCCGUGAACCUCGAGACGCUCUUCAAGAAGUAUGGCAACUACGCACAGGGCGAGGAGCCCUGGACAAAGUACGGCCGUCUGAAUGACUGGAACAUCGACCUCGUUCCCAAGUUCCUCAUGUCUGCUGGCGAGCUGACCAACAUCCUCGUCUCAACUGACGUCACACGAUACCUCGAGUUCAAGCAGGUUGCCGGCAGCUACGUCCAGCAGGGCCAGAGCUCCAAGGCCACCGUCGCCAAGGUUCCCUCCGAUGCCGGCGAGGCCCUGCGCUCGCCCUUGAUGGGCAUUUUCGAGAAGCGCCGCAUGAAGAGCUUCAUUGAGUGGAUCGGCACCUUCGACAUCAAGGACCCCGCCACGCACAAGGGCCUUGACAUCAACACGGUCGCCAUGAAGGAGGUCUACGACAAGUUCGGCCUCGAGACUGGCACUCGUGACUUCAUCGGCCACGCCAUGGCCCUCUUCACUACCGAUGACUACCUCAACAAGCCCGGUGCCGCCCCGGAGGCCAUCGAGCGCAUCCGCCUGUACGGCACCUCGGUUGCCCGUUACGGCAAGUCUCCUUACAUCUACCCUCUGUACGGUCUCGGCGAGCUUCCCCAGGGUUUCGCCCGUCUGUCGGCCAUCUACGGAGGAACCUACAUGCUCAACACCAACGUCGACGAGGUGCAGUACGAGGGCGGCAAGGCUGUCGGUAUCAAGGCCACCAUGACUGGCGUUGAGGAGAUGAAAUUCGAGACCAAGGCCAAGAUGAUCCUCGGCGACCCCAGCUACUUCCCUGGCAAGGUCAAGGUUGUCGGACAGGUCCUGCGUGCCAUUUGCAUUCUGAAGCACCCCCUGGCCGGCACCAACGACGCAGACUCUGCCCAGCUCAUUAUUCCCCAAUCCCAGAUUGGCCGCAAGAACGACAUCUACAUCGCCUGCGUCUCAUCGGCACACAACGUCUGCCCCAAGGGCUACUGGAUCGCCAUCGUCUCGACCAUUGCCGAGACCAACGCCAACCACCACGUCGAGCUUCAGCCCGGCCUGGAGCGUCUCGGUCAGAUCGAAGAGCAGUUCAUGGGUGCCCCUAUCCCCAUUUACGAGCCCACGGACGACGGUACCAGCGACAACGUCUUCGUCUCCAAGAGCUACGACGCCAGCAGUCACUUCGAGAGCACGACCGACGACGUCAAGGACAUCUACCGCCGCGCCACCGGUGAGGAGCUCAAGGUUGAGGGCCUGAGAGAGGGUCUCCAGGUCGCAGCUGAACAGUAG